CUUAAAAUAAUAUUAAAAUCAUAACUCUGGCGUUGAAAUGAUCUGUAAAUCUGAAUUAAUUUUUAAUUAACUUAAUCUACGAUCAAAUUUCAACGGUCUUAUACAUUUGCGUCAAAUGUUUAGCGGAAUAAUUUUCUUCCUUGUCGUUUUCGCUGCAGGGGGCUUACAAAAUGUUGCAAUAGCUUCUCCGGACAGAGUGCUUCUGAGCUCCACCGAUGGAACGCCACUCACCACCACGCUCACCGAGAAUGGAGGCCACGUCCAACAACUGACCAUCGACCUGACCACUAGCAACAACGAAAAUUUCAUUUUGGACAUGCUGUUGAGUGGACAUUCUUUCUCGUCGUCAUACAAGGAAACAGUUCAUGGAGAAUCAGGAAUUUCAUAUAACAACUUCAACCGGUCUACCAUAUGCUACUACACUGGGACGGUCAGAGGUCAGAGUAAAUCUCACGCUGGCGUCAGCACAUGCGAUCAGAAGAUAAGUGGGUUUUUUAUUGUGAACGACAAAACGUUCACAAUACAACCAUUUCCUAACUCAAAAUUCGCGGCGUCCGUUCAGGAAGCUUCCGAUCCCGUCAAUGAUUUCGUUUGUGGUUCAAAGGGGUCGAGCAACACUUUAAGACAAUUGUCGAAACGAUCAACUAGCCUCUCCUCAUUAGUCUCACUGAGAGACAAGCGAAACAGAAUCAUAGAGAUAUACUUAUCUGGUGACUACUUUUUUUACCUAGCCCUAGGUUCAACGUCCGCUGCUUUCGAAAGAAUGAGAUCCAUCGUUAACGCUGCCAAUGCCUUGUACAACAGUGUGGGUAUCUACAUAGUGCUUGUCGGCUCUGAAGUUUGGACCUCUCCUAUAUUCAGAGUGGACAUCGACAUAUCAGUAACUCUCACAAACUUCUACAAUUACAAAGAUACCUACCUUAACGCAAAUGUUCCUAGUCACGAUACUGCCGCUCUAGUUUCGGCUAACGGUUUUAGCUCUAACAUAAUUGGCCUAGGUUCUUUAGGUACUAUGUGCAGCUCCACUGAAUCAGGGGUCGUUAUCAAGGACGGCGGACAGUACAAUGUAGCAUUUCCAGGGGCAAUACUGACCCACGAAGUUGGACACGUUUUAGGACUUGUACAUGAUAACACUACAUGCAGCUGCAGCAGUUCCGCUUGCAUAAUGAAGUCUUCCAUAAGCUCGGUGAAUGUUCCAACAAAAUUUUCAUCGUGUUCAUUGAAUGACCUGGCAAACAAUUGGAGUAAAGGUUAUGACCUUUGUUUGUGGAACAUUCCAGACAUCAACGCAUCUACAUCCUGCGGGAAUGGAGUGGUGGAAGAUGGAGAGACGUGUGACUGUGGAGGGCUACCUUCCGACAUGUGCAAUCCAUCGUGUUGCAACGCUGCUACCUGCCAACUUUUCUCGCCCUACCAGUGCGCUUCUGGUUUUUGUUGCGAUUUGUCCACUUGCAAAGUGUACCAGGCCAACACAGUUUGCAGAGGAGCCAGUGACACGUGCGACCUUCAAGAAUUAUGUGAUGGUAAGUCAGCUUACUGUCCAGAGGACACGUACAAACACGAUGGCACACAAUGCGCUGUUGAUGGAGUGACAGCUUAUUGCUCAGAAGGCAGAUGCAGAACUCGAGACACCCAAUGUGCAUUUGUGUGGGGCCUUGGCAUCAAGAGCUCUCCAGAUUCCUGCUACACUACUGCUAACAUGAGAGGCAGUUCUAUGGGCAGUUGUCGCAAAACUUUCACCUCCACUCCAACUUACUACCCAUGCGCUGCUAGUGACGUUCUGUGUGGCCAGCUGUUUUGUGACGUCUCUUACGAAAAUGGCAAUACCCAGUUGCAAGACUUAUAUACUGGAUAUUUCACAACAGCUGGAACAACAUGCAAAUAUGCUAGUUUUAAUUUUGGAACUCAGAUUUCCGACCCUGGAUACGUUCCCAAUGGAGUGACUUGUGGGAAUAACAAGAUGUGUUACAACAACUCGUGCAGGGCUGUUUCUGACAUUCUGUCUGUCACACCGUGCUCGGACAACUGCACAAGCAACGGGAUUUGCAACAACAAAGGAACUUGCCAAUGUCUGAAUGGUUUGAAAUAUCCGGAAUGUGCUGGGAACAUAAUAACUAUCCCAGCACCGACCACGACCACCACUUCAACUAAAAAACCUUCGAACAUUAAUGAUGCUCACUCCUUGCACAGACCUUCAAGCUUCAUCCCGAUCGUUUCCUUCCACACCAGCAUCGCUCUCCCGUUGAUAUUUCGUUACUGCCUGUGAUAGCGCGUUUGCCGCCCCUUGUUUUGUUUGUUCUUCGUAACUUUGACAGAUUUUCUGAAACAAAUUUGAAACAAUAUAAUUGCUAUGGCUAACAGUGAAUUGCAAUCUACUCGAUCUGGUACAUCGGAUUCCAAAUAAAAAUUAUUUUGUUA